AUGCCGAAACAUUCCAGAAAGCCCCAAGUUGGUUCAAUUAAACCAAGUACUCCUGUUGUAUCAGAUGCUGAGGAGUCCAUGGAAGAUCAAUUGGAACAUGAGAGCCCUAGCGAUCUUGAAUUCGCAUCUCCUGCUAAGACAAUAAGCAGCUCAGCUGCACAACAGACGAGUCCUUUGAAGAAGAAGAAAUUGGAUUUCAAAAUGACUAGCCCAGCAAAGCUGUCAAAGAGAUCUGAAGAUAAAGUGGAAUUGGAAGCACUGGAAGGCUCUAAUGUUUCUUGUGCUACUGAAGACGAGCCAGCAACAGCUGUUGGAGAAACCAGUACUACAGGUGGUUCUGAAGAAGAAGAGAAAAGGAGAAGAAAAAGAGAGAAAAGAGAGCGAAGGGAGAGAAGAAGGCUAGCAAAGGCUGCUUCGAAUAAUCAAGUUCCAGCUCCAGAAACCUCAAGAGAUUCCAUUGUUUCAUCUAAAGAACUAUGCGGUGCUGAAUCAAUCAUCUCUAAUGAUACGCAGAUGGAAAUUGUGGAGCUGCAGGAACCUACUGACAAAAAUGGCUCCUCGUUGAUGUCUCCUGAGACUGCUGCCACUCAAAAGCACAGGUCUACUAAUGCUGAGCAUUUGAUUGAUAAUGAAAAGGCUUAUGAAAUCAUCCUUAGAGGUCAAGCGAUGAGAGAGUAUGAUCCUCAUUUUGUCGAAGUGGAAGGGUUGAAAAUUGAUGGUAUCUUCACAUACAUUGGCUGUGCUUGUUGUAGAAGAGGAGAGAAAACUAUCAGGUCUAAAGAGCAUGCGAACAGUUGUGCAUAUCGUUUUCAGCAGGACAAUUGCUUCAAUAAGAAACUUGUACUAUAG